UCCUUUCGUGUUUACCGUUCAAAUAAGUUUAAGUGAAGAAAACAUGCAUCAAGUUUAACACCAGGGGAUGUAUUCUGGCGUAUACUUCAAAAACAAAUGUAAAAAUUAAAAAACAUUUUUACAUGUUCCCUUGAGAACCUGACCUGGAGUUGCGGCCGAUAUGGGUCCAGUUUAUGACACCAGUAUAUUCAAAAGACUCCAAAUAUAAGACGUACAUAUUACAGUUGACAUUUCCUUAUAAAAGUUGCAUUUGAUGUAACAAACUGGUUACAGAAUGGAACCACUCCUGACAGAGGACAGUGAAGUGGUUUCAAAACUGCUGAAGGAUUCCAUGUUCAGCGACAUUGAUGCCCUUCUUGUUAAGUUGCAUAGCAGCGAAGAGGAAAGUUUGUUGAUCACUGCAAACGGUACUACCAUACACAUCCUUGGAUCUGAAAAAGGAAAGGAUUUUCUUGUACAAGAUGAGGGCCUAGCAAUGAGAUUCCACAAGUUUUGUUUUGGAGAUGUGAAUGUAAAGUCAGAAGUGGAACAAACUCCAUCCAGUAGAGAUCAAAACAUCAUCCCAGAAGUUUCUGAUGUCAUUAAACCCAAGCGGAAAAGGGGAAGACCACCUAAAGUGGCAAAGAAAUUAGAAAUUGUUGAAAAGGAUGAAGACCCCCAUUUGGAGGAAGAUGAUGAGAUAACAGAGGAAGACAUAACAGCAAAUACUGACAACUCAGAGGCAGAAACAGAAUGUAAAGUUACAAGAAGUGGGAGAAGAGUCAAAAGAAAAACACUUGAAUCACUUGGCUACGUCUCCUUAGAAAAAAAGAAAAAGAUACGUGGCACAAGUCCUGAAAGUGUCACCAUUGACGUGCCUGCCAAGUCACCAUCCAAAACUAAUGUGAGUAACGCAAAAUGCAUCAGUCAAACAAAGGUAGCAGUAGAAGAGAAAGAUGAGGAAUGGAAAGAGUCUACACAUGGUAAGGAUGAAAUACAAGAAAUAACUGAGAUAACAGAGAGUUUGGAAGCUUCAGGUACAGAAAACUCAUGUGAAACUCAGACUAUACCCAAGAAGAGAAAGGGGCAUCACAUUUGUCAGACUUGUGGGGAGAAAUUUUCAACUCAGGAAUUGAUUGAAAAUCACCUUCGAAUAAAUCACCCAGAGGUGUGGUCUAAGAUAUUAGAGGAAGAAACGGACAUUCUAGUCUCAUUAGGUAAACACGACACUGUGUCAGAGUCACCAAAAAGAAAGGAAGAGAAGAAGAGCCUAGCAGAAAAAAGGAAAGAGGAAAUUUUGUAUGAUUGCCAACAGUGUGAAGGAAAGUUCAAAACCACAAAAAUGCUAGAAAAACAUGUAGAACUGAUGCAUGCAGAUGACUUGUCAAGCUCAAAGAGAGUCGAAACUGAAGAUCAAAGCUCGGACAUCUUAGAUGAAAAUGAAGUAGACGAUUCUAAUGAAGACAACAGUCAUUCUAGUAAUGAUGAAAUGAGAAAAACUGUCAAGAUUAAGAAAAAAAUGGCUGGAUUCAAUCCUCUGUCAGUGGCUUUGAAAGUCAAUGAGAGAACCUACAAAAUACAUGAUAACUUUGUGAAAGGUUCGGUGUUCAAGUGUUACACUUGUGAAGAAACUUUUGAUGAUAUUGCAUUCCUUAUCAAGCAUAUGAAACAAACAAGGCAUGAUGGUUUACAGAAAAGUUCGGAGGAGGUAAUGAGGACGCUAAUUACAGUGAGCAAAAAGAAGAAACCAAAUGUUUACAAGUGCAGCCAUUGUAGAGUGGAAUAUUUCAUUAAGGAAAACUGUCUUCAUCAUAUCAAAGAGAACAACUGCCAACCUGUGUGGAAGAGAAAUUGUCCAAUGAGGAAUUGUGAUUUAAUAUUUGAUAACAACAACUUCUUUAUGAAUCACAUGGAAACUUUCCAUGAAACCACUUACCCAUUUUUCUGUCAAAAUUGUAACAAAACAUUCCAGCGAAUCAGAGAAUUUGAAAGUCACCGCAACUACCACAGAAGAAUAAACAACAGUCAGCUGAAUCCAUCCUUACCUGUCAUGUGCAAUGAAUGUGGAUUGCGCUUCCCUAAUAAUUUUGACUUGAAGCAACACAAACUAGAUGUUCAUGAGGCCAACAAGAAGUUCAAAUGUGAAGUAUGUGACAGAAAGUUCAGGCGAGAAGACAAUAUGAAAAUUCACUUGAGAACACACAAGAAGAGAGAGGAUGAUCCAGAGUUGCAAUGUAAAAUAUGCCAGAAAUAUCUUUGUUCAAAAGAUAGCUUGAAAUUGCACACCAAAUAUAUGCAUUCAGAUGAGAAACCAUGUGUCUGUGAAAUAUGUGGACAUCGUACAAGACAGAUGGGUAGCCUACAGUAUCACAUGAAAGUCCGGCACUCUGAUGAGCGUCCUUAUGAAUGCGAGUGGGAGGGCUGCAAUAAAAGCUUUAAAAUCUAUCAAGUAUGGCAGUCACAUUCCCAAAACCAUGCCCUGGCUAUUGGAAAUAUAGAAAAAGCAAAGUCCUAUGGGAGACUCCAUCACUGUGACAUUUGCUUCAGAUAUUUCAAUUGUAGGACAGACAUGAGUAACCACAUGCUAAUUCACUCCAAUGAAAAGAGUAUCAAGUGUGAAAUUUGUCAAACCACAGUUAAGAGGUGGGGAAGUUUGAAACGCCACAUGAUGAAUGUUCAUAACAAAGUUAUAUCUGGAGGACUCUCAGCCAUGAAGAUGCAGGAGGGAGAAAGUCCUCGUAUGAGAGCAGAUAAACGGGUUCUCAGCAUUAGAAAACCAAAGACCUACCAUAUGGUGCACACACAAGUCAAAAGCUCACCUAUGGGUAUACCAGAUGUUACCAUAUUGAAACAGGAACCGGAGUCUGUAGAGCUUGAAGAGGCAGAUUAUCAGACUGAGACCACCUAUGAACUGCAGAAUUCUGAUGCUCAGGAGCAACUUCUCCAGAUCUUAGCAAAUGCCAGCUCUGAUAUCACCAAGAUUGAGCAGGCAGCAAGUUCCUCAGUAAACCCUGCAGGAAGGGACUUUGUAUCGGAGGCCAACUCACAGACGGAGAUAAUGGAGGAAGUCAAGGAAUAUCAGAUAGAGGAAACAACAGAUGAGGUCUGUUUAGACAGUGCUGGGGAGCAGGUCAUCUAUCUGAACUCACUGCCCAAUGAACUCGUCACAGCCCAAGAUACAGGGGGUGUGAUCUAUGCAAUACGGAAUAGCGAUGGGAGCUUGUCUUUGCAGUUAUCAACAGAAAAUAGUUGAGACAUCCUUGAUUUUUUGUACUUUCAGAUUAAUUCAUACUGAAUAAAUGCUCUUUAAUCUCAGUGGAAAAAUUACUGGUAUGUACGUUAAAAAGAUGCAUUUGUGGUUUCAUUAAUAUUUAUGGACAUCAAUAGGAUUAAAUAAAAAUUACAGUUUGAUGGAUUUAAGAAUUUGUGGACAAGGGUUCAAGUACCGGUAAAGUAUAAUACACAUAUUGUUGUAAAAUUUAUUACUUUGAUGACCAUCUCUAUUCAAGGAUUAGCUUAAAUACCAAAAUCUACAAAAAAUAGUGUUUGAUGAAUAUUGAUAAAACCACAGUAUUUAUUUUUAAAAUAUAAGACAGCAGAUGUAGUGAUUUUUAUGUGUAAUCUAGUUUUACGAAGUAAAUGAUGAAGUGUUGAAUCAGUAUUUUAGUCAUUAUAUUUCUUUGUGUGUUAUAUAGUACAUUAUUUAGACUUGUGAUACCAUCGUAAGUUUAUCAGAUCGGACUAAAUAAUGAUACUAUUUGUCAUAAAGAAGGACAAUAAAGUGAUCAAUCUGGAGUCAUACAGUUUGACCAAAAAUAUUCAAAAAGGAAGAAAAGAAUUUGGGCAUGUUCUUUUACAUAUUUUGUAUUUGUUACUGAACACUUACUGUAACUUAUUUCUAUUUGAAAUAAAUGAAACAAUUUAUU